GUAUAAAGCCCUCUCUCUCAGCUGCUGUGGGGUGGCUCAGAUUGGGGAGGAAAUGGUGGUAGCAAUGGAGAGCAACGUGAAGCAGGUGGUGGUUGAAGAGCCACUGGACCCGGAGAAAGGCUGCUGCAAGCCAGGCUGCUGCUGCUGGCCCUGUGUGGUUUGCUGUUCCAAAUGUGCCCAGUGCUGCAUGCCCCGGUGCUGCAAAUGCCCCAGCUGCUCUGGUUGUCCUGGCUGUGCCUGUAUUAAGCGAUCCCUCUGCUUUGUGCCUCGCCUGCUCUGCUACCUGCCUCGCAAGCUCCUCAGCUGCCACCACCUCAAGUGCCUUCUCAUUGUGGUGGUGGUAGUGGUCUUGCUGGUGGUCAUCAUUGCCGGUGCCUUGCUGAUGUGGCUGCGUGCAGACCAGAGGCACGUGAAUGCUGUCCUCCAGAUGGGGCUGUGGAGAGCACCAUCCUGGGAAGACGAUGCAGCUACUUUCUAUCUGGACAAUGAGAAUGGUAACCCAGCCAUGGUCAUCUAUGAUUAUAAGAAUCUACUGGUGAGCUACAGAUCCUGGUUGCAGCAUGCCUGCUAUGUCACCCGUGUGGAUAAGGACAACAUCCCAGGGCUGGACACCAUCGCCGAGAACUUCCAGCAUCGGCAGGCCGAGAAGAGGCUUGCCAUGCCCUUGGCCGAUCGCUCACUCCUGGGCACUACAGCAAGAAUCCUCUGCAGUGUUGUCCCUGUCUACUGGGCUUAGCAUUGCUGGUUCUUCGCUCCCUGCUUGCCUGGCCUCCAGCUGCUCCCGCCUUCCUUUGCCUUAAAAUUGCAUUUAGGGUCUCUGAGUAGCUUUUAGGUGAAUUUCUGAUGCAGCUACAGCCUGAGGGCUCAUGAGAGGCCUCCUGCGAACAUCACUUGGCACUGGGGGACAGGACUGACCUGAGUUGCUCCCUCCUGCUGGCCCUGCCUGAGCCACGGCUGUCUUGAAAAAUGGCUCUGUCCUCUCCUACCCUGCAGAACUGAAUAAAUACAUAAAGAAUCAGGUCUCA